UACCGAUAUUUUCUUUUUUUUAUCCAUCUUUUCGUCUAAUAAUUUUGACACUUUUCGCUUCUUGCCAUUUGUUUACACAAAUCAUAUGACACAGAAAUGGGAUCAGUUCCUGAGGACAAUCAUCUGAGAGUAGAGCAAGCAUGCCAGGCUGGCCAGGAGUUUUCAAAGCUGUAUUAUGAUACUAUUGAUAAAAAGCGACAUUUACUGACAAAGCUGUAUCAACACACAGGGGAGGCAACUUGGAAUGGAAAUAAUCUCAAGGGGAAAGAAGCCAUAUUGAAAUUCUUUGAGGAGUUACCAACAACAGAACACAAAGUAGAAUCCUUAGACUGUCAUCCUCUGUCAGCGGAAAUUUCUGGGGGGCAGUUCACCAUAGUUGUAAAGACAUAUGGCACAGUGAAGUACCCAAAUAAUGCUCUGAAAUCAUUUUAUCAAAGUUUUAUCCUCACGUCACAGAACAAUGUCUGGAAAAUUAUCAGUGACAAUUUCAGAUUUCAGGAUAAGUCAGAUAACUGAUCAUUGAAAAUAAGCCAUUAAGUUAGAAUGUGUUAGAGACAGAGAAUGACACUGGUGCAUUCAGCUUUCCGGACAAGAUUGGCAGUUGAAAAUAACUGUAAAACAAAUAAAUUGUAAAUGUAGAACAAUUGAAAAUAAAUUGUAAAACAAUUGGACAAUAGAAAAUACGUGAUGAAUGCUAUAGAAAAAACAAUAAAUGUUAAGCAACUGUACAGAAGAACCUACUGAUGUGUUCUAUUGUAUAAAGACACAUCCAGAUUGCCAGUGAUACAUUCAGAAUCCAGAUAUUAAUUGGCAGUAACUGUAAAACUAGUCGACAUGGAAAAGCCAGUGAGCUACACAGACACCAUUCAGAUUGCCAGUGAUAUAUUGAUAUUUCAAGGUUGAUGACUGGAAUGAUCAAGAGAAAGUUAAUGAUUAUGUUACAGACAUUUUGUAGAUUAUUGACAGUUCAGACUUUGAAAAGAAAUUGUUGUGCCAGUCUAAUGGAGCGUUUAGACAGAAAUAUUAUUGUGGGAAGACGAGAUGAUUAUUGCUGAAGAUGAAUUUCUAAAUCAAGAACAGUGUGUUUUGUAUAUACGAGCCCUUGGCUUGAGCAUAGUACAUUGCUUUAAAUAAUGACUUUUAAAUGUCUGAUUAAAGAUAUCAAUUUUUACAAGA